GACAGGGUACCGGUACAUGUGCUUCUGUUGACGUUUGUAGUGGCUGUAACGAUGGCUUCUACAGCGGAGAUAAAUACUGUUAUAUGUGUGGAAAGAUUGAUAAAUGUUUGUAUAGAAAGUGUACUGAUAACAACCAGAAUCUAAUAUGUGCCUGGUGUGAAGGAGAGAUAGCAGAUAGGCCAUACUGGAAAGCUUAUACAGGAGACGCAGAUGGCAGAUUAUCUUGUCAAAAGACCUGUUCCUGGAGAACAGAUAGUACCAGGUGUUACCCAGGAACCUGCACAGAUGAUUUAGCUGCUAAUUGCCUGUGUGCAGACAAUUUUUCUGGUACACAUUGUGAAAAUAUUGAUGAAGCACCACCUAUACUGGAAAAUCAUGGUCAAUUUUUUGAUGGCAUACAAAAAAUGAUAAAGAUAGAAAAUGACCCCAAUCAUAUCACAGAUGGUCAUCCAAUUGUAUGGACCAACUUUAUCAUGUUUGGUCUGUCUGAGACUGUAAUGUCAGCUAAAUAUUUACAGCCAAAUGUUGGACUUGAUCCAGACCACUAUGUCAGGGAAUUCAAAGUUGGUUUAGUCGAGAUGAAGACAACAUUAAAAUUUUAUAGAGGGGGUUCAUUAAAGGACACAAAAAUACAGUUUUGUCAACCAAUGAGUAAAUAUGAACCCAUUGAUUUCCUGAAUUGUAAACAGUCCUUUUAUAUCAGUAGUUAUACUGGUCCAGCAUGGCUGCCUUUUCAACAUGAUGAUAAAGUUAUAUACACUGUAUCUGCAACCAAUGGAGGGUUUCUGAAGGUUCAAGAUCGGGAUGAAUAUUUCAACAGAAAUGUAGAAGUCAUAAACCAAUACUUUUAUAAUGGGCAGACAACCACUAGAGAGUUUGAGUACCAUUGGGACUUAGAACUACCAUACCACUGCUCUGUUGCUUCGGGAACAUCUUGUGCUCCAUUUGUGUCUAUACAGUCAGAUAUUACAAAAAAUCCAGUUAUAACAUAUACCUGGGGCGGCUGGUCUGAUGACAUGUCAGGGAUAUCACAUUUUGAAUAUUCUCUGUUUGACUUGGUCCACACUGCAGGAGGAUUAAGCGAUGGUAUCAGUGGUAAAGGGAGUGGUACCUUACCUAAUGGUACAACUUCGGCGACACUAUCACUCACAGAGCCAGGAGUGUAUACUAUCCAUCUAUCAGCAUUUGAUAAUGCAGGAAAUUUCAAAACUGGUCGAGGAAUAUUUUUCUUUGAUGAUGAAUCAGUGGUAACAUUGCAUGGUGACGGUAUGAAAUGUACAUCAGCCUCAAAAGAAACAACAUACCGGUGGGUAAUUAAGGACACAUCUUCAGUAAAAGUAAUUUGGCCAGAGAGAUUUCAAAACAUACGACAUAAACACAAUAGUUGGCUAAAUCCUGUUUUACCAUUGGCUGCUGGAGCAGAUCCAAUAUAUGAAGAUCUCUAUGGAAACAGAACAAAUGUGGAAAUUCAACAUAUACAUGGUAUUGUUGAUUUCCAAGUAGCUUAUGAAGUUCAUACUCCUACUUUAAAGGAUUCCCAGAUAUUGACAUCCGUCCCUGCUAAUCAGCUGAAGGACCAGUCAAUAAGUCUAUCUGUAGACUGGGCCGAUGGGGAUAGAUUAAAUGUAACAGUUCAAGCUUUUGACGUCAUUGGAGAAUCGAAAAUGGAAUCUGUGUUUGUGUAUAAAGAUCUCAGUCCUGCAAUUAUAGAAAAUCUAUGGUUGACGAAAGGUGACAGGGUCAAUAUAAGUAUUCAUGGUGUUGAGGACUUUUCUGAAAUGUUGAUAGAAUGGGAAGCCUAUGAUGAUCACAGUGGAUUAGAGACUGUUUACUGGAAAUUGUAUGAUAACUAUGGGACUUUUGUAGAACACGGCCAUGAAGAUAUCAUAGCGCAAGGGGAUACUGAUGACCUACCAGAAUGUCAAACCAAAUAUCUAUCUUACCCAAGAGGAUCUAAUUGUUACUGUACACCAUUUGUGGGUUGUUUUCAUCGUCACUUCCAAGUGAAACCAGAAAUCAAAUUACAUGGUGGAUUGACAGCUGGUCUUGACAGAGGAAAUCAUGACUCAGAUUACUACAUUGAAAUUGCAGUGAAAAAUAAAGCUCUUGUGCAAACAAUCUUAACAAAAAAGAUAACUGUUGACACAAGUCCACCACAUCAAGGUGUGGUCCAUGAUGGAUUACCAGGAAACCCAGAAAUAGAUUACCAACAAGGAAUGGACCUAAAUGCUUACUGGGACCAGUUCUUUGACAGAGAGAGUGGGGUGUUUUUCUACCAGUAUUUAGUUGAUACAAGCUGUGCUGAUAAAAGUGCCUUUAGUCUUGAUGCGAAUAAUAAUACAGAUUUUGUGGAGACCUACAACACCUUUGGUAGCCACACAGUCACUGGAGAUGGAACCUAUUAUUUUACUGUUGUGGCCUAUAACCGUGCCCUGGACCCUUCAGACCCAGUGUGUUCUGACGGUGUUACUAUAGACAGUUCUGUACCAGGAGUAAAAGAGGUGAUUGUCAACGAUGCAGUGAUUUCUGGGGGCCUAGUCACAGAUGUCAGUCAGACGAAUUACUAUGUCCUUGGGUCAGAUCGUGUACGGAGGUUGAUUAAAAAUCAUACUGCUGACUGUGUGAGUAAAGCCACUGCAUUGAGUGAUAUUGACCUUUACCCUCAAAAGAGAUUUGACAACAAUGACAGCUUGAUAGAAGUAGAUGGCAAUGUAUUCUGCAGUAAUACAUCAAGUGCACCUAGCAAUAUUGGUCUGAGUUUAUCUAAAGCGUCUCUGAUGGAAAUGUCAUGGGAGCCUUUAGAUAUACCAGCCAAAAUAUUUGAUUAUGAAGUUGGUUUCUCCUCGACAGCAGGAAGUGCAGCCCCUGAUAUUAUGGCGUUUGAGUCAACAAAACAACAUGCUCAUAUGAGGAUAACCCAUGCAAAUGUACCUGAUGCCACGGAAAUCUACAUCAUUAUAAAAACUAUCAGUAAAUCUAACGUAGAAGGACUGACAACACUGGGACCAUGUUUUAUGGAUACAACUCCACCAGAUUUUACUGGUUCUAUAACUGUAUCCCUGUCUGGAGAAUAUCUGGAAGCCUCCUGGGCAUUAAAUGCCUUUUCAGAUAGUGAAGAAUUGUUUGAUAUGGAUUACCAGUUUGCUAUAGGUCAGACACCAUAUGGAACAGAGAUACAAAACUUUAAACCUGUAGAGGGAAGUGCAACCUGUGUGUUGACCUCAUCCCCAACUUGUACAGCUGUCAAUAUAACAGAUCUUGAAUGGAAUAUUCAUGGACAUCAUACAUAUUAUAUAUCCAUUAAAGUGACCAAUACAGCUGGACUGGUCAACAUUCAGACAUCCACUCCAUACAUUCAUGACGUCCAGUUACCUGCAGAAGGACUUGUUCUUGAUAUUGACACUGAGUCUUUCUCAACAGAUAUUCCUUUGAUGGACAAAGAAGAUACAGAUUUCCAAAAAGUCUCCAGUAGUAUGGCUGCUCGCUGGUCAGGAUUUGCUCAUCCACAUUUAGAUGUAACCUACAGUAUAAGUAUUGGUACUUCAAUGGGAGGAAGUGAUGUUGUAUCAAUGAAGGAUGUGGGUACCAGUCUAGCUCACCAGGAAACAGGACUGUCCCUGACACCUUAUGAGACAUAUUACUUCACUGUAACAGCUGUAAGUUCUGCAGGUAACACAGCUGUAUCUUCUGAUGGUGUUACCAUAGUAACAGAAAGCGAUAUCCUACCAGGAGUUGUUAUCAGUGAUGGAGUCCCUUGUAAUAUGACGGAUCUGACUGUGAACCAUCAUGAAGAGGACAACAGAAUAAAUUGUGAAAAUGAACCAGAUGUCCAGUUAUCACUGAAUUCACUGAAGGCGUACUGGGCAGUACCAGACAAUAUAAAACCUUAUACAACAGAUGCCUUUAUUGCUGUGGAACAAAGAUCACCGGUUGGAAACUUAUGGACUAUCUUUCGUGAGUAUGCACAUGUAUCAACAGUUUUUGACAUCAGCAUAAACGAUUUGGUACUCAGUCCAGGUAUAAAGUAUCGUUUAUCACUGAAACUAUGUGCCAGGACAUUCUGUUUCUCUCCAGUCAGGACAGAUGGUGUCAUUGUAAUGGCUAAUCCUCCGGUCACAGGGGACAUAAUUGUGGAACAUCAAAACACCACAGUAACUGGUGGGGCGGAGAAGUUGAUGAUAUCAUUUGACAAGUUUUAUGAUCCUGACAUUGAAGACACAACAGAGAAAUAUAGCGCCAUCUGGAAAUAUGAAUAUGCAGUGACAGAUAACUCUGUAAAAGGGAAGACAUAUUUUGCAUGGACUAACUUAGAUACCUUUACAACAAAUGGAAAUAGGAUCAACUUUGAAAUGGUAUUAACAGGAGAGAUGGACUUCUCUCGAUGUAAGAGGUUUUCUAUCAGAGGAUACGAUCAAGUUAGACUGACCUCCACUGUUUCCACAGAAAUCAAAGAUUGUAAAGCAUUUAAUCCAAUCCUUAUUAACCCAAAUAUUGUGAUAGAUGCUGUAGGAGCUGCCAGUGCAACAGAGGGAAUAGGCAUGCCAAUUUUUCUGGAGGAGAAUGAUAGAUGGAAACCAGCAGACGAGGAUUAUACACCAUAUAAAAAUCUUAUCUCAGCCGUGUGGCCGACGCUGCGUCACGGAGAAAAUGUCAAUUAUAAGUAUGCCAUUAUAGAUGCCAAAAAUGUGGAUGUUACAACGUACUAUAAACAAGUUGGUCAGCUGAGCUUGGUAGAUCCAUGUAUUCCAGAUGCUAUAAGAUGUGGGGAUACUCAUAGAGAAUUUAUGAAUGAGGAGUUCACACACAAUGAACUGGUCCAUGGUACAAGAUACACAGUGUGCAUAUACGCUGCUCCAACUGCUAUUGUGAAUGAAGAUUGGAUACUGCAAUUACCAGCUGUCAGUGCAUGCAGUGAUGGAAUUAUUGUAGAUCUAACUCCUCCUACCGCUGGAAGGUUGUGGAUUGGUCAUAAUAUAAAUACAAUCUAUCAGACAUCUGAUUCAGACAUGUAUGUAAACUGGGACAAUUUCCAAGAUGUGGAAGAAUUUAACAAUGGACCACACCCAUCUGGAAUUAAAGAAUACGUACUAGGAAUUGGUACAUCUACUGGUGGUAAUGAUGUUGUUGCAUUUGAGAAUGUUGGCGUGCUACAACAUAAAGCCUUACAUCAACUGAAUUUACAGAACGGUUACAAGUAUUAUGCUACUCUAAAAGCUGUUGAUUUUGCUAACAGAGAAACAGAAGUUGUUUCAGAGCCAGUCAUUAUAGAUACAACCCCACCAGUUACCAGUAAUAAACCGAUAGUUAUAACCAACAGGCAUAUAACAUCCACAACAGAAAUAGAUCCUUGUUGGAAAGAUGUUUUCCUUGACUUGGAGUCUGGUAUAGAUUAUUACCUGUGGUCAGUUGGCUCAGAGCCAGGUUAUACAGAUAUGAUGUCUUACCUGAAGGUUGUUGAUGAGGAAUGUGGAAUGACAGAUAAAAAUAAUCCUCUAGAUUUAAAAGAUGGCCAUUACUACUAUAUUAAUGUCAGGGCAUUCAACAAGGCAGGAUUAUCAUCAUUAGCCACAUCCUGGGCUUUUCAAGUGGAUACAACGCCACCUACACCUGGUCAUGUGUAUGAUGGAGAUAAAAGUCAGCUGACAGGAGGUGUCAAGGACAUUGACUACCAGACAGAGACUAAAGUGCUACAUGCCUGUUGGGAAGGUUUCCAUGAAUCUCACUCCACUAUUAAAGAUUAUUAUGUUUCUGUAGGGACCUGUCCACAUUGUGAGGAUAUAUUACAGGAACAGGCUGUGGGUAUUACAUAUGACUUUACAUUAGAGAACAUCCAUCUUGGUACAGGACUGAGAUAUUAUACCACAGUGACGGCAUGUAAUACGGCAGACAUGUGUACCACUGUGACAUCAGAUGGUGUGGUUAUAGACAACAGUGCCCCUGUAGCUGGGAAAGUUCAGGAUGGAACUGGAUUCAUUGAUACAGAAUACCAGUCUAUGACGACCUAUAUCUCAGCUAAGUGGUAUGGGUUUGAUGAUCCCCAGUCUGGUUUGGAGAAGUAUGUAUGGAUGGCAGGAACCACCAAAGGAGGCAGUGAUAUUAUACCAGAGACAGAACUACAUCUGACAGAAACUGCUGCUUUCUAUAAUACAUCUCUUGGAUUACCAUUGAACCAGAGAAUCUUUGUUACUGUUAGAGCUUACAAUAAAGUUGGUUUAUGGUCAGAAUCAACAUCCAAUGGUUUUCUAGUCGAUACAUCACCUCCUGUGAUAACUAAAACACCUACAUUCUCAGCUGACUUUGGAAUUAAUGGAUUGAAACAGGUUUAUAGAACAUCAAUGAAGGUGGAAUGGGCCAUUGAUGAUGAUGAAUCAUAUAUAAAAAGACAGUAUCUGUCUAUCAAUUCUCAUAUUGGAGGAGAAUUUAUGCUGUCAUCACAAUCAGUCAAUGGUAUAUCAAGAUCCUAUGUAUUUUCUGGACUAGAUUUACAUGAUGGAGUGACCUAUUAUGUGACCUUAAUUUCGUGUAACAGUGCUGAGAUAUGUAUAAAUUCUACCUCUCCUGGAAUGUUUGUAGACAGUUCUCCACCAUCUAGAGGUAUGUUUGCUAUAACAACUGACCAUGCUGCUGAUCCUGAACUCCUAAGACAUGCUACAGGAUGGAUGCUCUGGUCACAAAGAGCUGUAAAUCUGGCCUGGUUAGGCUUCAGUGACCUACAUUCUGAUAUAGACCAUUAUAAAGUCGCUGUGGGGUCUACCUUUAUGGGCCAGGAUUUAAAUGCAGAUACAGAUGAGAAAUAUUAUCAUACAAAUACUAACACAGAUCAUGGUGAUGAAGGAAAAGUUCAGCUGUUUAAAGUGGAAACCAAAACUUUGACCAAAUUUAGUACACUGUACAUAUCUGUAUGGGCUGUCAAUGGGGUUGGAAUGAGAAGUAAACUUAUCCAUUCAGCCUUCACAAAAGUACCUGGAGGACCUCUAGAUCUUAUCAGGAGAUGUGAUGCUAUGUCAUGUGACGGCCAUUGUGUAUGUGCUCCACAGGACCAAAAAUGUCCUUUAAAUCCAAGUCUUGGUAGCUGUAAUGAUGUAUCAACAAAUAAUAACAACAAUCUUCUACUGGUUAAAGAUAGUAAUGGCUAUUCCAGUACUGAUCAAGCUGUAACUGCCUCAGAUAAUAUAUUACGUGGGAUAUGGAUUGUGUCCCAAGUACAAGGCAUGAAACCUUUAUGUACAAGGCAUGAAACCUUUAUGGUAUGUCAAGCUGUAUUGGCCUCAGAUAAUAUAUUACGUGGGAUAUGGCUCGUGUCCCAAGUACAAGGCAUGAAACCUUUAUGGUAUGAAUGGAGUAUUGGUUACACUCAGUUUGAUUUUCCAUCUGGUAUUUAUGAUCCUGUGGAAGAAAAGGUUUGGCAAGAUGGUGGUCAACUUAAGGACUGUGUUUUUUCUACAAAACCUGGUGCCAAAUUGGGGAAUACUUUGACUUACUCUGUGUUUGUGAGAAUAUGGUAUUCAGCAGACCAGUAUGCUGUGUUUAAAUCCAAUGGAAUUGUUGUCAUGGGACAAGCACCUGUGUUAGCUUCUGUCAGAGGAAAAACUGUUAUAGAAAAAAUAAGAGGAACUACAGUAAAAGACAUAGACUUCAUGCAGAUAGGCAGACCUAUCACCUUUGACUGGAGCAGUAAAUUCCUGGAGUAUGAAACAACUAUUGAGAAAUACAGCAUUUAUCUUAGUACUUUCCCAGGAGGCCAUGAUAUUCUUAGAGUAGCACAUGACAUCCCAGGAACAGACCAACAGUAUAACAUGACAGGUCUAAAACUUACCCCAGGUGUAAUCCAUUAUACAAAUGUUAUAGCCUACAAUUAUGCUGGAGCCCACACAACAGCAACAUCAGAUGGUUUCGUUGUUGACUAUACACUACCUAAGUCAGGAAUUGUGUAUGAUGGACUAGGAAGUACAGAUUUAGAGUUUACAAACUCAUCUGAAUCUGUUUCUGCACACUGGCACGGCUUCACAGAUACAGAAUCUGGUAUAGAGAAAUACUAUUGGUGUUUUGGGACAACAACUUUUGUAGACAACAGGAAACGAGACAAGACGGAAUGUAGUGUACUUGGAUGGACAGAUGCUGGCUUACAUGUAUCUGCUUCUAGUAAUAUAUCUACGGAAUUACCCCAAGGAACAAGAUUAUAUGCCAAAGUAUACUCUGUUGAUAGUGCUGGGCUGAAGUCAGACAUUGUUGUAUCAGACAGUGUUGUUGUUGACAAAACUCCUCCUGUUUCUGAAAAGUUCAUUCAUUCUAUUGAAAAACUUGGCAAUAAUACAUCAUUUGAAAAUACUGGUGGAGAUGAAAUUAAUUUUGAAAAUGUUACUUCUGUUGAUAUUUGUAUGGUUUCUACUAGUUACCACCCGUUGUCAUGGAUACCGUCACCUUUUACUUGUAUGGCUGUGGUAUCUUCUGAUGUAAAUUUGGCCAGAGAAGGACGAUCGUUUUUGUUCAUUAGAGGAAGCGUUCACCAAGAAUUACCACAAGUUAUUUCUGGUCGCCUUUACAGAGUUUCCUUUUUCAGUAGCCAUCUGUCAAUAACAGACUCUGUUUCUGCCAAUAAAGAAGGUUUUAUACAAUUUGGUGAUGGAGAAAGACUGGUGUUCUUAAUUUACACUAAAAGUUAUCGUAAAGAUGGACAUGGAACCAGUCCAGACCGUGAACAAAUUUCUUGGCAUACUCACCAAUUCUAUUUUAGACCGACAGAGGAUGCUGUGAAUAUCACAAUUGGAAGUAUGGACAUGACUACAGGGAUAUUUUUAGAUGAUAUUUCGGUACAGGAAGUGAACUUGACAUUAGCUGCCUCAAGUGACCAUGUGCAUGGCCAUGUUGUUUAUUUACAUGAAUGGAGUUCCAUCCAUGGAUCCUGGAGUUUCUCUGAUCCAGAUUCACCCAUUAUUGAUUACACUUGGGCUAUAGGUUAUGCAGAGGGAGGUACACAGAUCCAACCAUUCAGAAGUGCUGGUUUAAUGAACUUUGCCUUUAACAACAAUGUAACACUGGUUCAUAACACCUAUAUUUAUGUGACAGCUAUUGCUACUAAUGCUGCAGGAUUAAGGGGCGUGUCAUAUUCUGAUCCCAUACUAGUAGACUUGACACCACCUGACAUUAAAUAUAUUUAUGAUGGUAGAGGUGCUGACGAGGAUUCCUGGACGUUUAAUGAAGUUGUUGCUAACUGGGCAGUGGAGGACUUGGAAUCUGGCAUCAAGUUCUGCAAAUGGGCAAUUGGUUAUGCCCCUGGUAAAACAGACUUGCUUGUUUACACUGAUAGAUCAGCUUCACCAGCUGCCAUGGAAUUUGAUUACAGUGUUUUAGAAGGGUAUACCAUUUACACCACUCUCAGCUGUGAGAACAAUGCCGGUCUGACGUACUCCUUGUCUACUGAUGGAGUUAAAAUCUCCAACACACCACCAUCCAUAUCCACAGUACAGAUGGAAGUUCUGUCCCUGUCCUCUACAGAGUACAACCCUAGAGACUGGUACCUAGGUCUAACAGAUACAAUGAGAAUAAAAUGGUCAGGAUUUACAGAUAGUAUUGGUGUGGAAACAUACAAGGUGAAAUAUCCUGGACAGCAGUCUGAGUCCAUGUUUUUCCCAGCAAACCAGGAUGUUUUAUACACACACUUCACAAAGAUGUCACUAACAGAUGAUAAACAUGAUAUAUCUACACAAGCUAUGAAUAAACUUUUCCUAAGAUCAUUGUACUUUACCACUAAUGUUACUGUGCAGACUGCAGCUCCCCUAGUAGAUAAUUCAAAGAGCCUUGGAUUAUCCUACAUAAACAAUGAAGUAGUUGUGUCGUGGGGAGACGUUUUCACCUCUGACUAUUCACUUUACUAUGAGGUAUCGGCUGGAUCAUUCCAGAGUGGUGUUAACAUUAUACAGUGGCAGUUUACUAACCAGACCAGUAUCACAUUUGGUAUACCAGCAUCAGUUAAGACAGAGACUGGUACAGCUAUAUAUGUUAAUGUGAGGGCCAUUUCUGUAGGAGGAUACUAUGCACAGAAGGAUGGAAGUUUUAAACUGCCAUAAAUUGAUCUUGAGUAGCCGUAUGCUGUCAAAGUUCUAACCUUUUAACGGACUGUAUUUAAGAUACAUUUAAAAUUUCCGAUUUGUAAUCUAUUUUUGUUAGAGAAUCUAUGUUUGAUACUACCUUCAUGUAAAUGUGUGGAUUUAUUUUCAUAAAUAAUAAGCUAAAGACAUAUGAUACUAUAUUUUGUUUUUUCUCAUAUGUUUUGUUUCAACAGAUUUUUCAAUAACAGUUCAGUAGUGAUAAUAAUUACACUACAAAAAGGAUUUUUUUGGUGAGCAUAAAACAACCAAUUAAAAAUACUACCUACCCAGGAAAAACAGACCCAUUUUAGAUGGCCAAACAAUAGAAAAAUCAGUUUUACUAUGAAAUUCAAAGCUGGCCAUGUCUAAGAGCGAUUUUACUGUGUGUUUCUGGGAUGCCUUAUGAUUAUAUGUGAUAGCCUUUACAUUUUUAUAUGUUCCCUUUCUAUAUGUAUUAUAUUGGUUAACAACUGUAAAUUUAUUGUUUGUUUGGAGAUGAUUCAUAAGUUAUUGGGAUUUUGAAGAAUCUUUGUUGUAAAUAUAUACUGGUAUACUUUUUUUUUGUUUUCUCUAAUAUAUUUGUUUUUAGGAAUGGAGUUGUUAUUACAUAAUUACAAUAUCUUUUUCUAUAAUGAUUUGUGCCUCAUAUUGAUAACAAAAAGUGCCUAAGUUAUAUUAUACUGGUAAUUUGACAAUCACUAAAAAUUCUGUGAAGUAAUCGGACAAUCUUUUAUAAAUAAGUCUUGUAGUCAUUUGGCUGAACAGACCUGUUAUUUGUAUUGUAAUCUCAAUUGUGAUGUACAUGUAUUGUUGGUAUUAUACUAUAUUUCUGAUUUAUAUUACCCAAUCUUUAACCCUUUUGAAAUGAGAUUAUAAAUGUCUGUGAUAUAUAGUGCUAUGUUCAGUAUUGUUUGUAAAUAGCUCUGUUUUUUUUUUAUAUUGUUAGAUUGCCGUCCAAAUUCUAUAUAUGUCUCUAUAUUGUGAUUGUGCAAUUGGAAUUUAAGUUAUUGAAAAUAAAUUUUGAUAUAAAUAUAUCUAUAGACAUAAUGGAGAAAAAAUUGAAUAUAUCUUUUUGCCGUCCAAAUACUCAAAUGUGUGUAGUCUUGACUGCAAUUUGUAUUCAAAUUAUUGAAAAUAAAUUUUGAUAUUACUGUAUCGAUGUAAUGGUGAAAAUUGAAAAUAUCUUUUUUCAAGGUUUAGUGUAUAUUAUUGAGAGCAGAUAUAGGGGUAUACAGCUAUAAGAGUAUGUCUACAGAAUAUUUUACUGUAAGAUACAGACUAACAGUGUCCUUUACAAUAUGUUGAACCAUCAAUACUUACAAAUGUAUUUUUAUAGAUUAAAACAUAAAUUAUUUAUGAUAAGAAUCAACAUUUGGUGACACAUAUUUUCUAACAAAAAUCAAAUUUGGCAACCAGGUUAGAUUACCCUGCAAAAUCUUGUUGAGAAAUAUUUUUUGCAUCAUUUGGUUUCUAUAUUAUUGAAUUAAACCCACCAUUUGCUUUUAGUCGUACCUAAUUUGACUCAUUCUAGAUCAAACCUUCAAAAUUAUAAUUACUUACAAAAUAGUUAAGGUGGCUUGGGCCUAUUAGAAGUUUCUAUUAGAAGUGUCGUUUUUUUUUUUUUUUAUUCUUUACAAAUAGUGAAUCAAAUUGGUCAGGAAAAAAAAAUAGGGGGUCACAGACCAUUGAUAUAUUUUAAUCGAAAUAUCAAAAAAACGUUUUAUGACUAGAUCCAAAAUUGUUGUAUAAAAAGCCAAAAUAUAGCUUCAAAGAAUGAGGUAAUAAAAAACAAAGGUCACCAAUAAGGAAAAAAAAUAUUUUGCCUUAAAACCCAAAUUUUGGUGGGAAAAUGGGGGAAAUGUCAUUUUGAGCCUUUAACAGAUACACACAUUAACGAAAAUAUUGCAGUCUAAUAGUCCUGAUCCACUUUAAGUAAUUACUAACAUGUAUAACCUUAUUUGAUGAAUUGUUACAUGAAAUUUAGCUGGCCUAACCAUUCUAUACAUUUUGACCUAUACAUAAGUAUAAUUUCAAAAACUUUUCAAUUCUCAAUUUAUAUUAAGUGUUUUCCUAUGUUUUAAUUCGUUCUGAAGGAAUGACAUAACAUCACACUAACAUGUUAUUUUCCACAUCUGGAGAUACCCAAAGUUAUUUCUUUUUUAUUUUGAUUAUGAAACUAUUACUAUAUGAAUAUGCUGAAUGACUAACAAUUUCAGUGGACUUUUAUCACUGAAGAAUUACAGAACUUUGGUAAUUUCUAAUUCCUAUGUCUUACAAGUCGAGGUUGCUAUACAGAAUUUUAUGGUGUGCAUUUUGAGAGAUUUUUUUUUCUAUUUUUAUAUAUUGAUACCUCACAUUACAGAAUACCUGAAAGAAGAUCAUUGCUUGAGAAUAACAAAUGCUCAUUUUGAUGCUGUUGUUUUAUGAUUAUGCUAUACAAUAUAAAUCAAUAUUAUGUAUAUAUUAUAUAUAUACAUAUAUGUGUUGACAUGUUUCUGUUAUCUGUUACAACCAGCUCAGAUGUAUACUUGUUGAACUUUUAAAAUAAAUUAUUUUGAUACUA